AUGGGCCUUGUUUUUCUCUUUCUCAAACCCGCCACCUCCUCCACAACCCCCUUCUUCUUCCUCCUCCUCUUUCUUCUCCUCACCUUCCUCUCUUUUCUCACUGCACCCACUCUCGCAGACACCACCCGCCAUGUCUCCACCCCAGACUUCGGCGACAUUGCCUCCAUAUCAGCAAACCCAUCACCUUCCCCACCCAACGCGGGCCCAGCCAAGGCCUCCUCCUUCCGGCCCAGCAUCGCCAUAAUCGUCGGCGUCCUCACCACAUUGUUCUCCAUUACAUUUCUCCUCCUCCUCUACGCCAAGCACUGCAAGCGCGGUGCUCUCGUAGUCGUCGCCGUAAACUCCAAUUCCGGACCUUCCGGAUCCACCCAGCGCAAAAACUCCGGUAUUGACCGCUCUGUCGUCGAGUCCUUACCCGUUUUCCGGUUCGGGUCGCUCCAAGGUCAGAAGGAGGGGCUCGAGUGCGCCGUCUGCCUGACCCGGUUCGACCGGGCCGAGGUCCUCCGUCUCCUCCCCAAGUGCAAGCACGCCUUCCACGUCGAGUGCGUCGACACGUGGCUCGACGCCCACUCCACCUGCCCGCUUUGCCGGUACCGGGUCGACCCGGAAGACGUGCUCUUAGUCGACGACGCCUCUAAGAUCUUGCACAGCCAGCAAAGCAGCGACGUCGUUUUGGAUAUCGAGAAUGACCCGGGUUAUCGCCGGGUUUCGGGGCGUCACUCGUUCGCCGGAGAGCAAAGACCGGGUAACCCGAUUCCGACGUGGUCGUUUCGGAGGUCUCUGGACAGCUGGACGGCGUUUAGAAAGAAGAGCGAACCGUCGACCGUGGGAUGCCUUGACCGCCCGAGAAAAGACGGGCUGCUGUUGGGCCAGGACAGGACGAGGUUGGAGCACCGGAUUAUAAUCUCCCCCGGGUCGGCUUGUGGCCCCGGCGGGCUCCACCAAAGAUGGAGCGACGUACAGCCGUCGGAUCUUCUGUAUCUACGGUCGGAGAUGAUUAUGAGCGAGGGGUUGCCACGUCAGCCGUCUCAGCAGAAUGAGAAUAAUAGUGCGCAGCAGGUGAUCACAGUGACAGCGGGGCCCGCGGGGCCCGCAAGGCGAGCGGGGAUCGAAGAGAGCAGGAGAUCAUGGAGCUGUGGUGGUGGCAGUAGCGUAAUAAAUUCGAGAAGCGUGUCGGAAAUCACUGGGCUGAGCAGAUUUUCGAACAGAGCGAGGAGUAAUGAGAGUCUGAGCCACCACCAACAGCAACAACAACAGCGACAGCUCAAGCUUGUGGCCAGGUGGCUGGCGUGGGUUUCUUCUCUCUCACGUCCGGGUAUACGGACGGAGCGUACAACGACCCCCACUCCACCGCCCGUCUGUUAG